AUGACCAAGACUGUUGAUGAAGCUAAGGUUCUUAUUGAGAAUCUUGCAGCUAGUGAUUGUAACAACUGUCCUGAUUAUGACCGCUCAAGCCGCACCACUACUAGCUCCCCUGAUUCUUUUCAAAUGACUGAACUCAAGAACAUGAUGGCUCAAGUUCUUAAGGGACAGCUCAAGCAUAUCAAUGCAAUAGAAGGGAUGAGUGAUGCUAAUGAAGAUUCAUCAAGAGAAUGCAUGGGAGAUUUCUCUAAUGAAGCCAAUGAAGAAGAUGUGAACUACAUUGGAAACUAUGGGAACAAGGGAUACAAUCCAAGCUAUCGCCCAAAUCCCAACAUGUCUUAUAGAAACCCCAAUGUGGAGAAUCCUCAAGACCAAGUGUAUCCUCCAAGGUAUCCACAACAACAAAGACCUCCUUACCAAUCUCAAGGAAGUCAAUUUCAGCCAAGGCAAGGAUAUGAGCAGAGAUCAUCAUAUCCGCCCAAGGAGCCAUAUGCUUCUUCACCAAAUCAAGCUCCUCCAAACCAACAAGGUGGAAGAUUUGAAGGAAUCCUCCAACAGAUCAUGGAUGGCCAGAAGAGAAACACUAAAGAGAUGUAUGAGAAGAUGGACACUUUGUUCAGCAAUCUCAACACCAAGUAUGAUGCUGUUGCCACUCAUGUGAAGAAACUAGAGACUCAAGUCACUCAAACUAUGGAAGCUGUUAAGAGACAGGAAGCUGAAUCCAAGAAGUCCUUUUGCAACUCAGCCGCCAUAGAAGAAAGAUUUGAAGACCAAGUUCCAGAAUGGAUGCUUUCAAAACCUACUGUUGAUUGCAUGAUUUGGCCUGAAGAGAAUUACCCAGAGAGAGAGUCCAAUCGAGCUAGAAAGAGAAGACUCUUCCCAAAGAUUAUCCCCAAGACAGAUAACUCAGGAAAGUUUGCUGUGCCUUGUAUCAUCAAAGGUAACAUUCUUGAGCAAUCUUUGUGUGACACAGGAGCCAAUGUGAACAUCAUGUCUAAGAGGAUAGCUGACAAGAUAGGCCUCACCAAGAUAGAGCCAUCAUCCAUCUCCAUCAACUAUGCUGAUUCAUUCUCACAAACACCCUAUGGCUUUGUGCCUAAUGUGAUGGUGCAGAUUGGAAAUUGCUCUAUCCCUACUGAUUUCCAGAUUGUGGAAAUGAGAGAGAGUAGUCCAUAG